UUCUACAUCUUUGCCUUAGUUUUACUAAACCGUUUUUUCGGUACCACAUGUAUCAAUGGUGCCACAGCUCCAGGUGACGUCAUUAUUGGGGGAUUGUUCCCAAUACAUGAAAGUGUUAAUGUUACCAAGAGAGACGAUGGCACUGAGAGCAUCAGCUGUGACAGGUUCAGCACAGCUCGACUGGUCCAGUCUCUGAUUAUGGUGCAUGCGGUGGAGGAGGUAAAUAAGAACCAUGAGUUGGGGAAUCUCACCCUGGGAUAUUCUAUACUGGACUCCUGCUCUGAUGUGACCACUGCCCUGAAUAACACCCUGUCAUUCAUGAAGAGAAACAAAUGUGCACAGAAUAGCAGUCUGGAUGGUGCAGAGCAGCCCUCCCCACCAGUGUUGGCUGUCAUCGGUGAUUACUACUCGGAGAUAUCCAUAGCAGUCACAAGGCAACUCAACCUGGAACACAUCCCUCAGAUAAGUUAUGGUGCAACCUCUGGUCUCCUGAGUGAUAAAGUACGUUUUCCAAGCUUUAUGAGGACAGUGCCAGAGGACGAUCACCAAGCGGAAGCCAUCAUCAAGAUUCUACGGAAACACCAAUGGAAUUGGGUCGGUGUAGUGACGACUGAUAGUGACUAUGGUCGCUACAUAGCUGAUCGCCUCCUGCAACAUGCAACCAACAACAACAUCUGCUUUGCCUUCACCUCUGUUCUUCCAGAUGUUCUGAGUGACAAAAGACUUGAUGAACACAUCGCCACUACAGUCAAAAGCAUUACUGAAAAUACAAAUGUCAAGGUCAUUGUGUCCUUUGCCAAACCUUACCACAUGACAAAGCUUUUUAAUUGUCUUCUUGAGGAUGCUCGAGGCAGAGAGAAAAUUUGGGUGGCCAGUGAUAUUUGGUCAGAUUCAACUGAUAUUAAUCUGAAACAAUGGAAUUUGAGUGAUAUAGGAACAGUUUUUGGGACAACUCUUAAAUCUGGAAACUCAACCAGGUUUAAGCAGUAUCUCCGUAAUCUUGAUGUAAACCCUGAUCACCAGAAGAACAACACAUUCUUGUAUAACUUUCUGAAGGAGCACCAACAAGAUCCCAGAGACACAACCACCGAGGUUUUAAUGAAGAAGAUAAACCCCUAUGCUGUGCUCAGUAUUGAGUUGGCAGUUAGAGCUAUUGCUAAGGCUGUUGUAGACCUCUGCAACAACAGGGACUGUAAGACUAGCCAGAGAUUGGAGCCAGGGGAGUUACGAGGAGCCUUAAGGAACGCAACAUUCCACAUGGAUGGGAAAAACUAUAUGUUUGACAGCAGGGGUGACCUCAACUCAGGAUAUGACGUCAUCCUGUGGAGACAGACACCAACAUCUGUGGACGUCAGCUACGUUGUAGCUAAUUACAGUAUAGGAACCCAGGACCUCACUUUCAUCUCACAGCAAACACAUGAUGAUGUCAACAAUGUCACAGGAGAGGUGAUUUCAAGGUGCUCAGAGAGCUGUAAGCCAGGCUACAGGAAGAAGUCAGCUCAGGGCCAGCCUGUUUGUUGCUAUGAAUGCGAGCCCUGUCCUGUGAACUACUAUUCCAACACAAUCGAUUCCACAGAGUGUCAUCUGUGCAACAUUACAACCGAGUACUCCUCUAAUGGAAGUGACAAGUGUCACCUGAAAGAAACUGUCUUCCUGAAAUGGACUGAUCCAUAUAAUUGUGCGCUGCUGGCAUUUACUGCUCUAGGGGCACUGCUUACCAUUGUUGUUGGGAUCAUUUUCCUUGCACACUGGAAUACUCCUGUUGUGCGUGCAUCUGUGGGACCCAUCUGCAUCCUCCUCCUCUUCUCUCUCUUUUGCACAUUUGUGAGUGUGAUACUAUUUGGUGGUAAACCCAACACCAAGCAAUGCCAAGCUCGGCAGGUACUGUUCGGCUUGAGCUUCACCCUCUGUGUUUCCUGCAUCAUGGUCAAGUCCUUCAAGAUCAUCUUGGCCUUUGAGUUUGACCCUAGUGUUAAGAGAGUUCUGAAGAAGCUCUACCAGCCUUAUAUCAUUAUUGCAGUGUGCAUGGCAGGUCAAGUGGUGAUCUGUGCCCUGUGGCUUUCACUUGAAUCUCCAAGGCCUGAUUGGGCGCCAGUGGAAAAUAAAGAGGAGCGUCUGCACUUCUGCAAUGAGAUAUCCUAUGUUAAAUUUGGAGUCAUGCUAGGCUAUAUUGGCAUUUUAGCUCUGAUCUGCUUUGGUGUUGCUUUCAAGGGUAGAAAGCUGCCUCAGUGUUACAACGAUGCAAAGUUCAUCACCUUUUCUAUGCUGAUUUAUUUCAUCUGCUGGAUCAUCUUCGGCCCAGUUUAUGUCACUGUCAAAGGCACCUACCUUCCAGCAGUGGAGAUGGUCGUCAUCCUCAUCUCAGCCUAUGGCAUCCUGUUCUGUCAGUUCAUCACAAAGUGUUACAUUAUUCUGUUCAAGCAGGAAGCAAACACAGAGAGUGCUUUCCGUGAGAGUCUUAGGAAUUAUUCCUUGAGUGAAAUCAAAAAUGGAGAUGGUAACUGGGUCUCAUCUCCAGGUACCCAUGGAGGGAUUGAAAACAUCGCUGUAGAUGUGGAGGCACCAAUGCCAAACUCAUUGUCAUUAGAUCAACUGACUGACCGGAGCCCAUCCAUCAGCUCUGGUGAGUCAGUAUUCUCUCUUUCACCAGUCUCAAACCCACAGCUCAUAAGGCGGCAGAGCAACGACAGUAAGAAACAGUUAAGGAGAUAUCUGAGCCUGCCAUCAUAAAUAACGGUAAUAAAUAAUAGUUUCAAAAAAUCUAUUCAAAUAUUUAAAAGUGUAGCACAAAAAGUAAUGCCACCAUGAGGUGGACUUAAAGAUGUGUUUCCAUCUGCUGUUAGUUUCAGAAGAGCACCUUUAGGAGACAAGCUUGUCCACCAGGCAACAAUUAAAGACUUUAAGGAUAUACACUCAAAUAAAACCUAUAUUAUAAAAUAAUUCCUUAACUGCAACACUGCCCAUGUAGUAUACCACCCACAGUACCCAUAUGGCUAUAUUCAUGUCAGAAGAGCAAAAAGAAAAUUGAAGAGAGAAUCGCUGAGCACUAAUAUGCCAUUCAUACAAGAAAUGAAGACUAUGGCCAAGUGUUACAUACAACACCACUAAGCUGGUGAACAUGGCUACUCUAAAAAGUCUCAGAUAGACUACUCUGUCGUAUUACAUCCUCACUGAGCUGCUAGCAUGGCUAUACACUCUUAAUAUUGUUACUUAUUUGAAAAAUGACCUAAACAGAUGUUGCUGAUUUAUCCUCUGUUGAUUGACUUGUCAAAACUGAGACAGUUUGUCAAUUAUUUAACUGUUAUAUUGAUAGUAUUUAAUGAAAACACGCACAAAUGAUUAUAGCUCUCACUAAGGUGCUUACAGCAUGAGUGGUAAAUUUCACAAACUUUGUCACAUUUAAGCUUCAAUAAUAAUCAAAUUAUAAUGAAGUAGUAAGUGUUAUAAAACCUAUAAUUCAAAAGAUGAAUGAUACAAUACAUUGAAGUGGGCUGGACUAGAUUCUGAAUUUUUCCUGAUGUACAAAAACACCUCUGUAAUGACUGUAUUGCUUCUGUAAUGACUGUAUUGCCAUUCUGAAUUAUUAUGUAAGCUCUGUUUCUCUGUUGUUGUUGUAUGUUUUAUACCUAUUUACAUAUAUGUGAUGGUUGAGGAUAAAAAUAUUUUUCUAAAGUUAAAAUCAUUUUACACAAAGGUUAGUUUGUCACUAGGUUUUUUAAGUCCAGCAAUCUCAUCUUGAAAUCUAUAAUACUAUAAAUUAUUAAGACAUUGGAGUUUCUCUGAAAUUAGUGUUUUUCUUUGACUCGUACUACACCACAUGAAGACAGAUAAAGUAGAAGUUUGGACUGAUUAUCUGUUACCUAUUUUGGUUUAUUAAAAGAAGAGUCUCUUGAUUGGAAUCUUUUUCUAUUCGAAGGAAACUGAAGAUGACUCAGCACUGAGAGGUAAACCAAUCACAGAAAAUAUUUCUCUUCCUCAUUGUUUGAUAAUGAAGGAAGUACAUGUGUUAUUUAUUUUAUUUGUGUGUGUGGGUGUGUUAUGUCUAGAAGGAAGGAAAGAAAAAAGAAAGCAAGAAACUGCGGCAUGUAAUAUAGGACAGUGUCAUUAAAAGGUCACAUAUCAAAAUCUGGUGGCACUUUUUCAGUGAAACUGAUUAUUUCAUAUAUUUGAAGAGGGAGCUUCUGGAAAAAACAACUUUGAGCAAGUCUCUUGUUGGGUUUGGUGCCAAAAAAAGAAAAAGUCUAAAGUCAAAGCAGACCCAAAUCCUCUUCCUAGUAGCUGUGCAGAAAUUCCUUUCAAUGAUCCCACCCAUAAGAGUCAGUAACACUGUCACACAUAGAAACCAGAGCAGGUCAGUGUGUCUUUUCCACUUUCAACCCACCGAAGAGGAGCUAUAUAAUAUGCUCUUUGUGACUUCGCUCAUCUCAUCUGAUCAGUGAUUGGUCAACGCUGUGCUUUGCCAUGAUUUGAACAAGAAUUAGCAUAACAUGAGACAUAGCGGGGAGAAUCUGGAUUGUUCCACAUUUGAGACAUGACAGGAGAUGUGUUGUUGUGGUUUGUAGGACAGAGCAUUGAUAACCAUUGUCACGGGCCCCUAUCAGAUGUGCCAGUGGUCAAAUUAACGAAUCCAAUGCAAUUAGUCACUCAAUUUACUGUGAGAUUCUGUGGUUGCUGUGAGUAUGUCUCUCUCCCUCUCUGUCUCUUUUCUCUGGUUUUCCAUUAUGGGAUUUUCUGUUUAUCUGUUGUGGUCUUGACUGUUCAUUUCUGCUUCCCAUGUCUUGCUGUGUGUAUUUGUGUGUGUUUCUUGUCUCUGGGUAAAUGUGUACACACAGUGAUGUCCAUGUUGUCACUGUGUAUACGCCAGCAUCAAUCUGCUUGUGUGUGUGUGUGUGUGUGUGUGUGUAGCGACUGUUCAUGCCUCACUCUGGGACGCGUUGAUUAGCGCUCACUGCGGCUCAGCUCCCAGCUGUCCUUGCGGCUGGCCGCUGAUUGAAACCAAUCAGGCUUGCGAUGGCCCCAUCGCGGUGACCCCUCACCCCUCCCACCCCCGGCCUAAUCACCUGCUGAUUGGCCCACGCAGGGCCCCCUCCCGUUGGCACGGAAGGUUAAUUUGACCGGCGGAUGAAGGCUCCAGGAGGGAAUAGGAACGUGCGCUGGGUGAUAUUGCAUGGAUAUAGCCCACCUGUCAAUCACAGCCACUUAAAGGGAAGGUAGCUAGGGAAACACUGACAACCAGGGAGGAAGACAGAGAGAAAUAUGGGGAGGAAAGGAAAGAAGGAGUAGUGAUGCUGGGCAACAACAUCCAGUUUACCUUUAUAAACAGCUUUAUUUUUAUACAGUUAAAAAAAAUCCUCAAUUAAGGUUCACUUACUACCUUUUUCCUGUACAUCUUGUGGUCUUACACAGCAAAUGGAGUCUGCUCAGCAAACUCAGUAAACAAAUAUAUAUACAGUAUAGACAUUGUAGGAGUUGUCUGAAAUAAUUAAAACUUGGCAAACACCAUCCACUAAAGAUGACCGCAAGAUGCUGUUGACAGCUCUGGAAAAGAUAGUGUAUAGACUUUAAGAUAAGGUUUAGUUUCUCUUGGUUAAAUUACUGGUUCCAAGGUCAAGAAUGAACUUUCAUGCUCAGGAUUGUUUUUGUUUAUUUUCUCUUCCUCAUUCUCCUCCAUCCCUUUCACAUAAAAAUUGACAUAAAUCUUCUGUGCCUUUUUGUUAUAUAUUUACUAUUGAAACCCUACACUUAAUUUUACAGGAAGUUGAUACAAAUAUCACAACAAAACUAUAAUCUUAUGGAAAAUGUUUCAUACAAAAGAGCAAAAAGGUGACAAAACCCUCAUUGUUACACUGUAACACUAAGUCACCUGAACGGUAAAUAGAUAGUAGGUUAUAAUGAUUUUUCCUUAGUGAGUUACCGAUAUUAUUGUAGAAUAUGUGUUUUUAUAAUAGAUAACCCAUAGUCAUACAUAUGGAUGGAAAUUUCAAGAUCUGCUAUCUCAAGUUUAAUUUCAUUUUCUUAUAUUCAAGUUACAAUAAUUCCUCCUUUUUUCUACAAUCAGUGUAUUGUAUAUGGUGUCCUUAUUGCAGUAUAUAGGUUUAUCCAGAGGGUGGCAGUGUUGUAUUCAA